GUGGGGCACAACUCUAAAGGUGAGCUCCACAUCGUGCGCGGCAAGCACGUGGACGAUCUCAAGGUGGGCAGUGAAAACCACAGGGUGCAGAAGCUGCGCACUUCUCUCGAGGCAGUGUUUGGAACGCGCCAGGUCAGCCUUCAGAAGUUCACCAACGUCGUAAGACAGAACCUUGGGGACCGACCAAAACAAGAGCGUGUGAACGCCAUCCAUACCAUCCCGCCGGAAUUUUACAGCGGGAAGCGUGGCGACGACAAGUGCACCGAGCAGCAGAUGUCUAUGUUGUGGUCUUUGGUGGGUGUUCUUGGUCACGCCAUGAUCACACAG